UAAAAUUAUGUAGUUGGAAAACUGCAUGCAUCAAGGAAUCAUCACAUUUCCUGUCUUCCCAUUUUGAACAAAAUAUGUUUCCGACACGGGACGUGGCAGGACGUCUAAUUCGGGAUAAGAAAUUAACCGAAAAUCUGUCUGGUUUUGCGACUGCCCUUUCAGAUGAUUCUUGGCCCGAGGAAGUUCAAGUUAACGAGAAUGACAAGCUGAACUUUAUUAAGGAAAUAUUGCAAAGAUGGGUAACAAAAAAUGGGAUGGCAGCUACUCUGUCCAAAUUGGUGGAAUUACUUUUGAUGGCAAAACUUGAUGGAGCUGCAGGCAUAAUCCAGCAAGGUUUUGGGAUGUACGACAAGCAACUCGGGCCAAAUCCUCCGUUCACUUAAUUAAGGAAAAUCAUGUCUUGUGCAGACAUACAUAAAUUAUGCAUUUAUUAAAAAAAAUUGUAAAUAUUCCUUUGCCAAUAAAUUUAAGAGAAUAAAAUAAACAUAUCCAAUA